UCGAUUAAGGCACAUAUUCAAUCCCGACUUAGAACUCUCUAACGCUGAGAUACAUUUGAAUUGUUUUUUAGAUUCGAAUCGCACCGAAAGUUCCAGGGUAUACAACUAGUGUAGCACAGAUGCAGGUUUGUAAGGUACAGUUGGUGGCGCUGCUGCUGCUGCUGAGCUGCGGCAUGUACAGUCACGGCAGCAAGAUCCUCGUCAUCGCGCCGUUCGGCACCAAGAGCCACUGGCAAUUCUUUGGCGAGAUUGUCAAGACUCUCGCUAAUCGAGGACAUCAUGUGACGUCACUGACAUCACUGCCGAUGAUACGCCACGACAACGUCACUGAAAUAGACCUUGACAUUGACCUGGAUCCUAUUAUCCCGAACACGUUCGAAAAUCGCGGUUGGGGGGUGAGCGUUAACCUGUUGAAGAGGAUGCCCGGGAUGUGCGCUGAAGCGUUGUCGAGGAAACAAGUGCAAGAUAUUAAAAUUGAUGAAUACGACCUGAUAUUUAUCGGCCUCUUUGUCAGUGACUGCUUUUAUGGACUCUUAGAGGAUACCCAAGUUCCAAUGAUAACCAUGAGCCCGAAUGGGCUCGUCUCGUACGCCCAUGAGCUAGAGGGAAAUAUAGAUUUCCCUUCGUUCGUACCGAUGAUGGGUACGACGAUGUUGCAUCCGUUGACGUUCACACAGCGCCUUCUCAAUACUUUAGCGAACCUCUUCAGUCAUGCUCUUACUAAGUAUUAUUAUCUUCCGAGUGUUGAAAAAGCAUGCAAAGAAGCUGCCCUAUGCCGGCCUAACAUGAGAUCUAUUGAAGAAAUCGCUGCAAAAUCUGCAUUCCUGUUCAUUAACAACGUGCAGGCCCUGGAGACGCCAGUGCGGCCCUACGUGCCGGCCGUGAUCCACGCGGGGGGCCUCAACUGCCGGCCCGCCCAGCCGCUGCCGGAGGAUCUUGCAUCCUGGAUUGAAGGCUCGGGCGACGCGGGCGCAAUUUACUUCAGCCUGGGAUCCUUUAUAAAGCCGAAAGACAUGCCUGAGAAAUUCCGUCAGGUGUUUGUGAAGGUUUUCUCGACUCUUCCCCAACGCGUGAUAUGGAAAUGGGACGAGGCGUCGAUGCCAGGCCUGCCCCCCAACGUCAAGCUGGCCAAGUGGCUCCCGCAGCAGGAUAUCCUGGGUCACCCUAAGGUGCACUUGUUCAUCACCCACGGUGGGCUGUUCAGCACGCUGGAGGCUAUUUACCACGCUGUUCCCAUCCUCGGCUUCCCUGUGUUCGCCGACCAAGGCAGUAACAUGAUCAAGUCUACAGCCGAUGGCAUUGCCGAGACCAUCGACUGGGACGAUCUUUCGGAGGAUUUGCUAAAUAAUACUAUACACAAAAUGUUGACCGACCAGAAAUAUCAGAAGACUGUCAAUCAUCGCUCGCAACUGAUGCGGGACCAGCCGAUGUCUCCCCGAGAUGUUGUGGUUUACUGGACCGAGUACGCCAUCCGCCACAAAGGGGCGCCACAUCUGCAGUCCCCUGUCAAGGGAAUGGCUUGGUACCAGAUCUAUAACGUCGACGUCUGGCUGUCCUUGAUUGUGAUCUCACUCGCGUGUCUCUAUUUGGACAUAAAAAUAUUAAUUGCUCUGGUGAGACGAUGCUGCUAUAGGACCAAGACCACCGGUGAGCUCAAGAAGAAAAAAGAGUAGCCUGUACUCAACUUGGGUGAUAAAAAUGGGUCUCUAAGACAAAUGAAAAACUGAAAAAAGAGUAGCCGUGGGAAUACGUGCCAUCCACUUAGACAAUAUUCUACUCCUGCAAUAAAGCACAUAGCGUCACAUAUCAUGCAAUUUAACGGGGUUACAAAAUCACAGCAAAAAUUAUUUACAUCCUGAUCUAGACAAGUAGUCUAUAAUGAAGCAAGUAUCGAACCUACUGAUGCUUAAUUAAAUUUAAAAUAAAAGUUCGAGGCAAUUUUCGUUGAAAACCACCGGGAAUAUAAGGAAUGAAAGGAAAAAAUUCUUGUGGAUGACAUGGGUUUCAUUGACGAUAUAAGUUUUUGAUAAUCCGCAUAUUAGUAAUCUGAUACAUUUCUGUAAAUAGGUUUUGUCGUAAGUUUGAUGUCAUUGAAUAUUUAUUGCCUUUGAUAUUGUGAAGUUAUUUAAAACUAUGGCACUGAAUGAAAGAAACAGUUAAGCUUAUACUGCAAAUAUUUGUAUUAGGAAUCUAAUAUUAAUAAGAAAUAGAAUUUUAGUAAUUUUUAAAGUGCGUUUGAAUUGAGAUCAAUGGUUGCGGAUAGAUAAGAUCAGACUAAACGUUUACUAGAGGGAGGAAACACGUGUUCCACUUGUAACUCGUACUACAAGUAACUGGAAGGUAAAAAUUGAAUACACACCUUGUCAGUACCGAGGACCAUUAUAAAAACGGCGAAGAACUCCUCAUUUUUAGAAUAAUGCCAAAUGUUGAAAGUGCAAUACAAGAUUUUAUAGUGACUAUUUUCUCUUUUUAUUGAAAUGAAUAAAAUUGAACGACUUGUA